UAUCCAAUUUUUAAAAAUAAAGAAUUAAAUGUCUUCCAUCUUCUAUCCUCAAACUCACACUUUCAGUCAAAUCCAACACGCACACCAAAAACCCACUCCCCGAAGACGCUACAAAUGUCCAAUGUGUUCCAAAUCUUUUUUUCGCUUAGAGCAUCGUACAAGACACAUUCGCAUACAUACCGGUGAAAAACCUCAUACGUGCACUCACCUUGGUUGUCAUAAAAAGUUUUCUCGUUCGGACGAACUGAUUCGACACAUUCGAACUCAUGAAACCACAUAUGAAGAUGUCAUUGACGAGCCUCAAUAUACAGACCAUAUCAUGUUACCGCCUUUAAGAACACUGUCUCCCGCAAUUCCCCAGCCACUGCUGGAACGCAACUAUUACAACUCACAAUCACUUUUCGAUCAUAGAUUAUUCCAUAUCAAUCAAUACCGUACUUUUGCAACCCCAUGCACCCCGGAUAUCAUUUCAUUUCAGCCUGCCGCAAAUAAACCAAUUCUAAUCGAGUCUUUACCGUCCAUUCAUUCAUUAUUAUUAUAAAAAAUUAUAAUUAUACAUAUACCACAUUAUACCCCAGUUAUGCACCACUUUUGGAUUUUAAAAUAAAAUAAAAUUAGCACAUAUGUGUAUAUGCACUAAACUUGAUCGGUGCUUUAUUGUAAGAUCGCGAUAACAAAACCAGA